ACGAGAAAUGUCUGUCGGUUAACACCUUACAACGUACAUAUCUAUUACCUGAAUUAAUGCGAAUUUUCUUCAACAAUUGAAUUACUCAAACUUUGUAAACAUAUUUUCCUUCAUUGAAUUGUUAAUUCUAAAAGUAAAAUCAUUUCAAAAUUGUUAACACUAAACUUGAGUCAUUCAAAAAUGUUAAACCUUAUAUUCUUAUGCCUUCAAUUGUUAAAUUUGAAUUUACAUGUUUUGCGCUAUUCAAAUUAAUGAUCUCUAUAUUUGCUCAUAUUGAAUUGAUAAGAAUUGUUAACCCUAAACCUAAAGAAAUUUUCAUCUUGAAAUGCAUAGUUGGCAACGCCAAAGUCGUUAAUACAGCGCAAGCAGCAAAUGUCAAAACAAAGAACAAAAAAAUUAGAGACAGAAUUUUUUCCAACUUGGUACGGUCGCAAAAUCUAAGUUUUUCCAACCACUUGGUACGGUCAAAAAAUCUAAGUUUUUCCUUUUUAUAUUCAAUUGAACGGAAUAAAUAAUAUUUACUUUACACGUGCGGUUUUUAUUUCGGCGAAAACAGACUAGUCGGUCGCCCACUAUUUAUUCGCGCAUAACCAAACUACCCCAUCGCUUUUGAAAGCCGCCUGGAGUUGCGCCCAGAUGCAACCAAAGUUAGCUUUACGUGGCCCAGUUCGUCCCCUAGGAGUACAGCAGCCCCACCAUCGUCAACCCAACACCCCCACCACGACAGUAACACAGAGCCGCCAGCAGACAAUCACCGCCACCGUCACCCUAGUAGGAGCAAGCCAUCCAACCAACAUCAGUUCCGACAUUACGACCAAAUCAGCAUCGUCGUCAACGCCCAGCAACAAGGAGCCGUCGUCCUCCUCGCUAACCUUCAGCGCAACAUCGCUCCGUCCAUCUCCGUCCGGUGUUCAGCAGCCAAAAGUAGAGCCGACCCCCUUAAAUAUUGGUCCUUCGGCGCCAACAAAGAGCCGCACCGGUGGAAUAGAAAUCCAUAACCUCAAAACACAAGUAUCCCCAGCAAAACCAUGGAUACUUGCAGCAGCGUUCCGAAACCAGCACCUCGAACAUCGCUACAGCCUAAGCAACUGCACCGGCCCGAAGUAGGCAUGACGACUGACAUAACUCCAGCGGCGCAGCCAGAAGAGGGAACCACCGAUUUCAAUCGAUGCCGUCUGUGCGCACGACAUCACGCGUUGCGGGUAUGCCAAGUGUUUCGCGCAAUGCAGCCGACCCAACGUUAUCUGGUCGCCAGUGCACACAAAUUUUGCACCAACUGCCUCGCCUUAUCGCAUCACAGCAAGGACUGUCCCUCCGCUGGAAUCUGCAGGCUAUGUGGUCAGCGUCACCAUACCCUACUUCACCGAAAGACGGAACUCGCUAAUAAUUCUCUGCAAUACCACGCUCCCGUAUCGCGUAAAGGGCCUUCCGCACAUCGUCCCUACCGUCUACGCCGUACUGAACUCAGCGCUAACAAGCACAAGCAUCCGCAUAUGAGGCAAAGACCGAAGCAAAUCCAUACCACCACCCAGAGAAUCCGCAUAACCAAGGCGAACGGAAAGCUGUCAAGGCAAUUGCUCCGGGAUGCAAUACGUAAACUGCGGGAGCUAGAGAAUAGUAUAGUGGCUUACCGCGCCUAGGUGCGGCAGAAUAGUUAAACGAGAAAUGUCUGUCGGUUAACACCUUACAACGUACAUAUCUAUUACCUGAAUUAAUGCGAAUUUUCUUCAACAAUUGAAUUACUCAAACUUUGUAAACAUAUUUUCCUU